AUGAUCUGGCGAGACGUCACCUUGUUGGCGCUCUGCAAUGCCGCCCUCAUCUCAGCACAGGACUCUGCUUCAGUCUUCUCGAAAGCCUCCAACGACAGCCUACUAUGGGGACCCUAUCGUCCGAACCUCUACUUUGGCCUUCGGCCACGGCUGCCCAAGUCACUGACUACUGCUCUGUUAUGGUCCAGAGUUGAAGACUUCAAUCACCCUUCCAAUGGCAUGCGGUUUACAUGCGAGCAAAAUGAAGACAUGGCUGGCUAUGGCUGGGACAAGUACGACCCAAGAACUGGUGGAGUGCAAACUAUAUACGACAAGGGCAAUGGCAUCGACAUGGAGACCUCGUUCGUCAAAUUCGACGAAGGUAGAGCUGGAUGGGGUGCAAGAGUAAAGGGCACUGUUCGAGAAGAUGCAGAGCCAAGUCUGGGCAGUCAGGACGGUGUCAAAGAGGGCUUGAAGACGGCCGUCUGGUUCACUGUAGGCGCUGAAGGGUUGAGUACUCUGGACGUGGUAGGGGCUGCAGAAGGGAAAGAACUAGGCUUUGAUCGGAAUGUUGUCAUCAACGGACAGACGACAGACUUAGGCGACUUCAGUCUGACGGUCGCUGAAUUGCCUGGAAAGAACUCCAAGCCUCAUCAUAACCAUCCUUCGUACAACGAGAAGCCACUGGAGCAUACACUCAUUCACUCUGUCCAAGUACCAGAGGAGGCACUUUGGCAAAGCAAGCCUCUCGUUUUCAGUUCCUUGAAGACGACGAUCGACGCCUAUGUCGAGAAGUACACCCAAGAACAGAUGCCGCCACCUUGGCAGACCUAUACCUUGCAAGAUCUCCCUGGCUCAGGCAAUUUCCAGAUGGUUCAGAAAGUGUUCGAAGGUGACUUUGAGUUUGACAUCUUCUACACGCCGGCCAAGGUCUCGAAGACACCGUCAUCGGCCGACUUGACCAAGGAGAUCAACAAGGUCACCACUGCCUUCGACUCGAAGUUCAAGAGUGUCCUUGCACCAAGCAGGCCUUUUACGAAGGAAGACCAUCAGACUUUUAGCCAAUCGCUCUUUUCCAAUCUCAUUGGCGGUAUCGGCUACUUCUACGGUGACCAGAUGAUCGACCGUUCGUACGCACCAGAGUAUGAAGAGGAGAAUGAAGGCUUCUACCAAGAAACAGCUGAAGCUCGCGCACGGAACCAGCAGCAGCUUGAGGGGCCGUACGAGCUGUUUACGUCUAUCCCUAGCCGGCCUUUCUUCCCAAGAGGGUUUCUGUGGGAUGAAGGGUUCCAUCUGUUGCCGAUUGUUGACUGGGACGCGGAGCUCGUGAUGCAGAUUUUGAGCAGCUGGUUCAACACCAUGGAUGAAGACGGCUGGAUCCCGAGAGAGCAGAUUCUCGGUAAUGAGGCAAGGACCAAAGUGCCGCAAGAGUUUCAAGUACAGUAUCCGCACUAUGCCAACCCUCCGACGCUCUUCAUGGUGCUCGAGGACCUACUGGACAAAGUCGAGGGCAAGAAAGCAGAUGCCGAAGUUGCAAAGGUACUGAAGCCUUGGUUAGCAGAACUGUUCCCACUGCUGCAACGCAACUUCGACUGGUACCGCAAGACGCAGUUUGGCGAUCUGAAGAGCUACGAUCGGCCUGCUUUCAGCUCGAAGGAGGCGUAUCGCUGGCGUGGAAGGUCACCGCAGCACAUUCUGACUUCUGGCCUCGACGAUUAUCCACGACCACAGCCGCCUCAUCCAGGUGAGCUUCACGUCGACCUUAUCUCGUGGAUGGGUAUGAUGGCAAGAUCGAUGCAUCGCAUCGCGUCAUACCUCGAAGAGAGUGAAGAUGCAGCUCGCACUGCGAAGAUGGCGGAAGCCAUUCGCAAGAACGUCAAUGACCUUCACUGGUCAGCAAAGGACAAGACGUUUUGUGAUGCAACGAUCGAUGACUACGAAGAGAGUGUGCACGUCUGCCACAAAGGCUACAUCAGCAUCUUCCCGUUCAUGACCGGAUUGAUUGGCCCAGACCAUGAGCAUCUCAAGGCUGUGCUCGACCUGAUUGCGGACGAGGACGAGCUGUGGAGUCCGCACGGCAUCAGAAGUUUGAGUAAAGCAGACGAGCUGUACGGGACCGAAGAGAACUACUGGCGCAGUCCGGUCUGGAUGAACAUGAAUUACCUCAUCGUACGGCAACUGCUCAACACCGCACAAGCCGCAGGACCACAGCAGAAGAAGGCCACAAAGAUGUACAGUUCUCUCCGCAAGAACCUCGUCAACACCGUGUACGAGUCAUGGAAGGAGACUGGCUUCGCUUGGGAGCAGUAUAACCCCGAGACAGGCAAGGGUCAGCGUACGAGGCAUUUCACCGGUUGGACGAGUUUGGUGGUCAAGAUUAUGCGGAUGCCGGAGUCGCCGAGGGAUGAUGGGCAUGACGAGCUGUAG